ACACGAGUACUUUCUGUAGCAUGACCUGGUAUCUUGCUGCUCUGAGACUUUUGAUCUUAGUGGAGUGCUUUGCAAAGGAAAGGCUGGGGACGCAGAGGGAGCAGGCUGCUGGCCCGAAGAAUUAUUCUAGCAGACCUGGCUGCUUCCAGAGGCGCUGCUAAGCAUCCCUCUGAUAGUGCUGUGGUCCUGUGUGCGUGGAUCGGAUGCUGAACCCGCCAUGUCUGCGAGAUGUGCCUUUCUCCUGACAUGGUCUCCAAAGCAAGGUUAACUCUUCCACUAGGAAGGCGAGGAAGAGCUGAUGAAAUCCUUUCCUAUUUCUGGAGGGUCAGCCAAAGCUCUAAAAUGGUCUUGUGAAUUUUCAGUUCUGCAAUGUUUGAUCGGUUGAUCACGAUUGAUUCAGUUCUGAUCACGUUUGUUUUGUGUAGUAAGAUUCCUGCUUUGCAUGCGUUUAGGAUGGCUUGUGACAGAUAUUUUAUUCCUUGCUUUCAAAAAAAAAAAAAAAGGCUAUUUACGUGCCUGUGGUAAGCUGGUCAGCCGAGCUGGUUUCUCUUCUAAUACAACCUGAAGACAUAGCAUGUGACGGGAACUUUCUCUUCUCAACUGUGGGUCAAGUACUCUUUCAACACAACCCAGAACGCAAUCUUUUUAAAUUGACUGCCUGAGCAAUCAAAGGCUUUCUUUAAGCCAAGCAGAAAUAUGUAUUUAUUUUUCUCUAGUGUUUGGAAACGAGAAAUGAAAGACCUAUUCCCACUGCACGUGUGUUUAAUGGUUAAGCCUAUCUUAAAAGCUGCUCGAGAAACCUUGGGGAACAGAGCAUUUGUUAAUUGUGUCUUAUUAAUGCACUGCGAUGUGUCUAGGCUCUUUUUUUUCCCCCUUUCUAUUGUUAAUAUGAUUUAAUUAUAGUAAAGGAAAAAGAUAAGUGGGAUUACAUCAUUAGAGACUGUAAGAGAGGAGUGUUUUCUAUCCUAAAUAAUCCAUGACAAAACACGGAUGGCUUUCUAAUAACACAGCACAAACAUUGCUUGGCACUUGUUUUCCCGUCACUUCUGUACCAUUCCCAACGUUGUGUCGGCAGAGGUGAGAAAUGUGAGGAUCUGCAUAUCCUUGUGCCGCGUGGGAGGCUGUUCAGUUCCUUGUGGAGGGGUUGCCUGAGCGGGUUGGUAGCUUAGUCUUUGUUCAAUAUUCAGUCUUCAUUCAUUCCUCUGUGCCGCGGGGCUGGCAGCUGGAGCGCCCGUGUCCUGCUCACCUGGGGUCCUGGCGACAAGAGCUCUGCGUUAGCGUGGUCCAGGCUGUGAAUCCGUCGGCUGAGACACCCAAACUGUUUCCAGUUCAGCCCACGGCCCUCAGUAACGUGUUUUCUCUGAAGCUACUCCGUUGCGUGGCGUGCCAGCAGCUGCCAGCCAGCAGCGGCCAUCCCUGUGCGCCGGGUGCCUCUCUGCCAGGCUCUGCCCUCGCACCGUGCUGCCCAGCGAGCGGCUGGCAGCGCCGCGGCUUCUCCUGGCACCCACUGAAUUUGAAUUUGUGGUUUGCAUCUCCAAGAACUAAGCCUCACGUGGCAGGAUCUCCAGCCCUUCAGUGAUCACUCGAACUGGUUGUUUCCUCUUUGUGCUUCUCCUGGAUUUUUUCUUCCUCCCAUUUGCGGAAUAAAUAAAGAAGAGAGAUGAUUUUGGAAGUGGUUGUGUUGCUGGGCUGUGCUCUGGGCAUCAGCACGUUCCCCCUGGAAGAACCUGAAGAUGGAGGCAAGCACUGGGUGGUGAUUGUUGCAGGUUCGAACGGCUGGUACAACUAUCGACACCAGGCAGACGUGUGCCAUGCGUACCAGAUCGUACACCGAAAUGGAAUUCCAGAUGAACAGAUCAUUGUCAUGAUGUAUGAUGACAUUGCAGAUAAUGACGAGAAUCCCACAAAAGGCAUUGUCAUUAAUAGACCUAAUGGCACAGAUGUGUACGCUGGAGUGCCCAAGGACUAUACAAAGGAGGAUGUUACUCCAAAGAACUUUCUUGCUGUUCUUAGAGGGGAUGCUGAAGCAAUGAAAGGCGUGGGAUCAGGAAAAGUAUUGAAAAGUGGUUCCAAGGAUCAUGUAUUUGUUUAUUUCACUGACCAUGGAGCUCCAGGACUUCUAGCUUUUCCUGAUGAUGAUCUUCACGUGAAGGACUUGAAUAAGACUAUUUGGUACAUGUAUCAUCACAGGAAAUACCAAAAGAUGGUGUUUUACAUUGAAGCAUGUGAGUCUGGAUCUAUGAUGAAUCAUUUGGCUGAUCAUAUCAAUGUUUAUGCAACAACUGCUGCCAAUCCCAGGGAGUCUUCUUAUGCAUGUUACUAUGAUGAUGAAAGGCAGACUUAUCUUGGUGACUGGUACAGCGUGAAUUGGAUGGAAGAUUCAGAUAUGGAGGAUCUAAGAAAAGAAACGCUCCACAAGCAGUUUCAGCUAGUGAAGAAACGUACCAACACCAGCCAUGUGAUGCAGUAUGGAAACAAGAGUAUCUCCUCUAUGAAAGUGAUGCAGUUUCAGGGCAUGGGGAAGAAAGCUGCCCCCAUUUCACUGCCACCUGUAGAACACUACGACCUGACACCUAGUCCUGAUGUGCCUCUUGCUAUCAUGAAACGGAAGCUGAUGGCUACCAAUGACAUGUAUGAGGCUAAGAAGAUUGCUGCAGAGAUGAAAACACACCUGGAGGCUAAAGAAUUUAUCAAGGAAUCCAUGCGGAAGAUCAUUACCCUAAUAACAGGAUCAAGGGAACAGACCAACCAAAUUCUGUCAGACAGAUUGACCAUCAGCAAUUAUGACUGCUACCAGUCAGCGGUGAACCACUUCAAAGCUCAUUGCUUCAACUGGCACUCUCCCUUGUAUGAGUAUGCCCUGAGACAGCUGUACGCCUUGGUCAACGUCUGUGAAGGAGGAUACCCCAUUGACAGAAUAAGCUUGGCCAUGGAUCAAGUGUGCCGUGGAUAUUGACGGAAACAGCAGCCUUGCAGUGCAACCCUUACUGCAAGUGGUAACUUUUCAUAACUGUAAUAAUCCAGGCUUCACAUGCAUGUACCACGAAGAGAGUCAGCCACUGUCCUGGAGCUGUGCUGGGAGCUGAGGCCACACGCAGUACAGCACUUGUCAGCACUCUCCCCCGCAUCCCCACCUGCCACCAGCCCGGCGGUUUGGCAGAGCCUUUUUUGUCAGACCACGCGGAGCUUCAAGAUGGAUGAUUUGUUUUGAAGUGUGAUGCUCUAAGAAUCUCUGGAUGAACACUACAAGCCACCAACAGUGAUUUGAAAUCCAUGCGAAAUUUAAACAUUGACUCAAGUUUUGGAAAACAAAGUAUACUAUUGCUAAGCAUUACCUUUUUUUUUUUUUUGAUGAUGUUAAUGAAUUCAUUACAGUGACUAAUUUACAGUUUGAGUGAAGAAACCAAAGUUUGUUCUCUAAGCUUUAACUCCUUAACAGUUUAAAGAAGUGUAUUGCAUUCAAGAACUAUCAAAUGUUAACAGCACAGUUCAACUGUGAAUAGCAAGAACCUUUUUGGGUAGAAAGCAUUGUUUCCCAAAGAAAAACCACAAGUAUCUAAUGCUGUAAAUAGAGUGCCAGUAUGCUAUAAUUAAAUGUAUUUACACACAAACCUCAUACAGUUCAGGAAUUGUCUGUGAAUAAAAAUAAAGUUGGCAGUUUCAUCAACCUA